AUGGUAGCGCGAGACCCUGCAAGCGCCUGCGCAGAACCGCCUUGCAAGUAUACCUCCGUGGCCAAGGAUGAGAAUAGCCAGCCCACCGUGACGCCGUGGACACCUUUUUUCUUACGUCGUUUGACCCUCAUUGCAUUCUUGUGUGGUUUUCUAUCUGUUCUAGCCGCGCUGAUUGCACUCUAUGUCUAUACGGAGCGGGAGGGUCGCAGUCUUGGAAUCGUGACCGAGGGCGAUAAGUAUUAUUAUCUCUGGGCAUAUGGGCCGACCGCAGUAUUCACGAUUCUAACUGCCGGCUGGACCCAAGUUGAAUACCGUGCCGUGCAGCUCAUGCCGUAG